AUGUGGAUCUCUCUUUCUGCCACUCUUUCCUGGGUAUAUAUCCUUUCCUAUUUUGUCCUCAUCCUAUCCAGUUCCCACGCCCACUGGGACCAUGCUGCCCAUCAUCAAGCGUUUAUCUCCCCUCGGGGAGAGGCGGCUGUUUUGCCCCCAAAUGUGGCGGCGCACAACGCGACCUCAAGCCAGAUUGCAACCGCCCAUCAGAUAGUCAGAGAGGCCGUUGCGGAAAUGACCAAGCGGAAUCAAGCCCGUCUUGCCCACCCGUCACGUAACAACUACUCUAUGAAGCCAGGGACAAAGCUAGGUAAGCAUGACAACAUGGCUGCACCGCCGCCUCUACUCAAUAUCACCAACCAGAUUGCCCGCGCGGCAGCGCUAGUAGCCAAGCUCAAAGCAGGUGGCUUAGCUGUAGAAACUACACCAAGUUAUACCAGAGGGCGGGAACAUUCUGGAUGGAGGGGAUUGAGCAAAAGGGUGCCAUCCUGGCUGAUCCCACAGGUCAAAGAUGGAGACGGGCCCGAUGGCAAUGCGCUGGAGUGGUAUAUCAACACUGCGCGGUUUUAUAGCCAGAUUCGCAAUUUGAAGAUUGAUAUCACAGCAAGCAAUCCAGGUGCCUAUAUGGUUGCACUCCACUAUCAGGUGGCCCAGGCGACAACAAUUAAGAAUGUUAAGAUCAUCACAGAUUCUGCCAUGAGCCGGCUGACUAUUUUACCUGACAGACUCAGCAAGGCAUGUACGCAGAGAAUGGUAGCAGGGCGUCAUGUUAGACAUCACUUUCACCAGCAGCAACUUCAGGAUUUGUCACAAUCUUUGCUGAUUCAACAAACAGACUAUGACCAAGAACCCUCUCUCCUGGGACCAUCUGUCGCGGGACUCGAUGUGGCUCCUUACUUUGAACGUCCCAGGAACCAGUACGCUGACAAAACCGCAGUAGACUUUGUUCAUCUCAAGGAUGAAGGUGCUGCUGGCGACGGCUCGACGGACGACACGGACGCUGUUCAGAAUGCCUUCAAUAAAUAUGGCGAUGGCAGCAAGAUCAUCUUGGUAGAUGCCGGCACCUACAUCAUCAAACGCACCGUUACUGUUCCCAAGAAUGUGAAGAUCAUCGAUGAGACCUGGUCGCAGUUUGCAGCAUCAGGAGGUUACUUUGGCGAUGCCAGCAAGCCCGCGGUCAUGCUCAGGGUCGGCAACGAGGGGGAGGUCGGCAAUGUCGAGCUACAAGAUCUCAUCUUGACAAGCAAAGGUCCGACCCCGGGAGUUAUCCUGAUGGAGUGGAACGUCGCCGCAGAAAGCGCAGGCUCGGCCGCGCUGUGGGAUGUCCACCGGGCUUCGGGCUAUUUUGACAACAUGUGGCUUUGGGUGGCAGACCACAUGAUUGACGAUCCGUUGCUCGAUGACCCAUUGAACAACAUGGAACAGCUCUCCGUGUACAGUGCACGGGGCAUGCUGAUCGAAAGCCAAAAGGCCACAUGGCUCGUCUUCUACCAGUACAACUUCAAUGGCGCCCAAAACAUCUUCACCACGUUCUUGCAGACCGAAUCACCUUACUACCAGCCGACGCCGAAGCCCCCUGCACCAUUCGACCAGGUGGUCGGCACCUUUGACAGCGAUCCCAAGUACGGCUGCGAUGGCAGCGAUGCGGACGGCUGCGAUGCCUCGUGGGCUGUCAUCAUGAAAAACUGCCAAAAUGUCCAUAUCGGGUCUGCGGGCACGUACUCUUGGUUCCGCACGUACACGCAAGACUGCAUCGACGUCCACGGUUGCCAGAAGGCGCUGUGGCUUCUCGGCAGCAACUACGAUAACAAUCGAUUACAACAUGUGAUUGGGACCGGCGCGAAGAAUAUCAUCGUCUCUCCGGACGGGACCACAAUCACAUCUGCAGCAAACCUCGCGGUCUCGAGCCACCCGAGUUGGGCGCACAUCUCACUGUAUGAGCUGCCAUCCAUUGGCGCGGCGCCCAAGCCUGGCGACGGGGGAGAUGACCAGUGUUCAAAUGCGGCCCGUCAAUAUAGCAGUGAAUACGUGCCACCCGGGGAGAUUGAGCUAUGGUCAAACGAUGGUACCGUGCUAAAUCAUGCCGACGACACAGACGUUCUCGACCUGGCAGUUUGGCGACGUGCCCUCGGGCGGGCGUUGAAGAACAACGUCACGUACGAUCUGGGCCUCAAGGUGGGCAGCUUCGUCGACACCAACGGCUACGAGCGCCGCGUGGUCUUUGACCUCGGCGGCAUGGGCCUGGGCUGGCGCGAGCUCGGAUUCCCUGGUGAGCGGGUCAGCGUGGCACUGGUCAUCAGCGGCAGUGAGGAGUACGGCUAUGUCACCUCGCUGCAACUCAACAACGCCGACUGGAUGAACCGCAUGUAUGCGAUCAUCAAGGAUCGCGAACUGCGUCACGUCGUCGUCCCUG